CCACGCAUUGCUCGGCCCGCUGUAUUCAAAAUCAGAUGUUUUGUGCGUCGAUUAGCCUGACCCAGUGAAUGUGUCAAUGCUAGUUGAUUUUUAUUAUUAUUAUUAUUAAUGGGGGGCUUUGUGUAUGCAACGGGAGAAUGUUUCCCCGAAACAACAAAACUCGACUUUUGAGCAGAAGGCUGGUGUUGCCCGGUAUCCAUGGAGACGAGAGCAGCCUUUGCUGUGUGCGAACAGGAAGAGGAGGGUCGCUUUUCUCCCUUGUUUUUUGUUUUGUGUGCGUUUUGUUUCGUUUGCGUUAGCGUUAGCGUUAGCAUCGGGCGCUACAAGCCAUGGACAUCCCGGCCACUAUCCGAAGACGUUUGGAGGACUUUUCCCGGAAUGUCUUCGUGGAGCAGAGCCAGGCUCCCUCUCAGGAGCGCCACGCGUCGUCGGCACACGACGCGUUUUGUCCAGUCUGCCGCUCCAGAUGUCUCUGUUCUUCAACAUGUGCUUCUUCCCCCUGUGGUGGAUCAGUGAGAUGGUCAUGCUGCGCCUCAAAUAUUCUGCUUUGCCUGACUACUACAAGUUCAUCCUCGUAACUGUCCUCAUCGUGAUGACUGUGAUUGAGGCCAUCAGACUUUAUCUCGGCUAUGUGGGGAACCUGCGGGAAAAGAUUGCAGAGUUGGCUGGAUUUUGGCUGCUGAGCAUCUUGCUGCAGUUGCCACAAAUCCUCUUUCAGCUUUUCAAUGAAGCCAUUCUCGUCCAGCCCUUGGAGAGAGGCAUUCAUAUCGUUCUCGCGCUUUUCAUCCUUACGCAGGCGGUUGCUGGUUUUGUGGCUCUCCGGGACUUGGUCAGACAUACAGAAAGUCAAUUCCAUCUCCGCCAGUUUGACUGAAACAUUUGUUUCUCAACGUCACACAUCCAGGGCACCUCAUAUCAAUGUCAUAUUUUGUUUUUGUAAAAUGUAAAAAAAAAAAAAAAAAUUUAUAAAGAGAAAACAAACGUAUUUAUUUUUGCAUUUUGUUGACAUUUCAUGGGAUUGCACUAUUGUUUGGUGUGUUUGUAAAUAAUAAAAACUUGCAACUUGUGCACACAUU